AACACCCUUGUAAAGUAGUUCGCUGCGGACAUUAUCUUUCCCCCUGGUUACUGAAAAAAGGUUUUAAAACAACAAUCAAGAAGGAAAAAAAUAUAUAAGAAGAAAAAUAUGGUUUAAAUCACAGCGUGGUGAUCGUUUAGUAGUAAUUGUUUGGUGUGAGUAGUAUUGCUCCGCGGCGAGGACCGCCUCCGCCACCACCAUCUUGACCCAGGCAGUGAGGCAGGCAGGGAAGGCCGCACGCACCACAGCUCCUACACACAGAUAUGGCGCUAAAAAGAAUUAAUAAGGAACUGCAAGACCUUGGGCGAGAUCCCCCAGCACAGUGCUCUGCCGGACCUGUGGGAGAUGACCUCUUCCACUGGCAGGCUACCAUUAUGGGCCCACCAGAGAGUCCAUUCCAAGGAGGAGUAUUUUUCCUUACUAUUCACUUUCCAACUGAUUAUCCCUUCAAACCACCAAAAGUUGCAUUCACAACACGUAUCUACCAUCCAAAUAUUAACAGCAAUGGUUCCAUAUGUUUGGAUAUUCUCAGGAGCCAAUGGAGUCCCGCCUUAACUAUUUCUAAAGUGCUCCUGUCUAUCUGUUCCCUCCUCACGGAUCCCAACCCUGAAGACCCCUUGGUGCCAGAGAUAGCACGAGUCUACAAGACUGAUAGGGAAAAGUACAAUGAACUUGCAAGAGAAUGGACCCGGAAGUACGCCAUGUGAUCCCCUGGUGGCAUAAUAGUGGCAGAGUGCGCCUGUGCCCAUCCCCCGCCACUGCCAUAACCACCAACACCACCACCACCACCACAACCCUGACUGCUACUGUUGCUGCUGCCAACUUGCUACUAUUCUUUUCAUUCUGAUGCUAGUUAUGUUGUCUCAAUUUUCAUUUCUCUCCUCUUACUUUAUUGUCUGGUGUGUAGACCACGUUGUCACUGGUGGCUGGUCAUUAAUGCACCAUUCACCACCCACCUCCACCUCCGGCCAGCAGCCUCAACCCUUUGGCGCAGAAUAAGUUAAGGACUCGUCAGGGCUGGACUCCUCUUCAUCCCUCAAGUCAAGUGCCACUGCCACCAGCGGCUCCGGUUUAUACCUAGAUGUAAUAUGUACACAAAAGUGUCACCUAAUCCUAUGAUUGAUGAUUACGCUUGCAUUCUUUACUAUAAUUCUUGGGUUACAUAGCUAGUGUGUGGCCAGUUGACAAACAGUGGGGGGGGUGGGAAUUACAAAACAAAGCUAGGGACUGGAGCCCUCAAUAGCAGUUACUAUUGUGACUUCUCUUCUUGGUUCACCAAAAGUAACUCUUAUUCUUUGUGUCCCGAGCCAGCCAGCCAGCUUUGUUCUCAGUGAUUAUGGAAACCUCCAAUUAUCUUCAGGUGUCGAGGAGUCAAGUGCAUCUUCUUAGAUUUGUGUAAUAUUUCAGUCUCUUCUCACCUUACCACAUCUUGCCCACCACGUUCCAGCCUGUGUGAUUCUCCAUCACAGCAUUAAGUGGAAAGUAAGCAACCAUAACACAUCACCUCAAAUAUCAUCAUAACUAGGCUAUUGUUUAAUAUUCUCUUAUAAUGUCUAUUACAUGUCCCUCGCCAUUGUAUGGUCUUGAAAUAUAUUUUAAUUUGGAAUAUUCCAUGCUUUCUUUGUUUUAUACCCGGCCAUUGCUCAUUGUUACAAUAAUGGACAUUGAUUAUUUUACAAUUGAAUAGAAAAAAAAAUUGUUUCUUAAUUAGCAUAUGGCCAAAAUUCAUCCUUCUUUAGUGACCCUCUGGCUCUCCCUUAACCCCCUAGUCGUCAACCACCUAUAGCUGAGCCACCCCAGGUGGCAGCGCUCCCCAUCAGUGCCAUGCCUGGACCACUGAGGUGUGGACUGGGCCUGGCUGGUAUGUUAUUGUGGGAGAGCCAUAGGUUCUUCAGAGCACGGCAUCAUUACCUGCCUGUCAUGGGAGUUCAUCAUAUUGUUUGAUGAUAAAAUGCUUUCUAGUAAUAUAUACUAGAAGCAGAAAUCCUUAAAUGCAAGGCUGUUUGGUUCUUAAGUGCAGUAUUCUAAAAAGGACGUUUUUUCAAUACAAUUUUGUCAAUAAAGGUGUACAGAACAAGUGCUGGUUUUCCUUGCACCCAGAGAUGUGUAAUAAUGGAUUAUUUUCAAAUGUGUAUUCUAUUCAGUAACCUUUAUUUACAUUUUUGUUACCCUGUUGGAAUGAUAGUAUUUAUUACUGUAGGUAUUUGUGUUAAGAAGAAAAGUUUGUUUUACCUCUGUGAUGUGAGUGGGACUUGUAGAGGUUUUGUUUUCUGAUUAUGUAAAAGCUUCACUAAUAGACUGUACCAUAGAGAAUAAACUGCUCUUUGUAAAGCUUUUGUUUAUUAAUUUUUACUAUAAUGGUAAGGAAUUAUAUGAAUUUGCUACUUCCAUUUGUGAGUGUGGUUAAUCAUUACAAACCAGCAUGUGAGAUUGACUGAAUGAAUUGAUAUAUUGCCAGUGUUAUUCCUUUCAUGGGGUACAAGAAAAUUAGUCAGGGUAACCAAUUAUGAAUAUAUUCUUAUAAUUACCUGUAAAUAUCUACAAUUGUGGCAGGUAUUUAUGAAUUUGAUAGAGCUGCUGUACUUUAGAAUGGUUUGAUAUACGUAAUAACCAAAUCCUUUGUGUUUGCAUUCUUUUUGAACAAAAUCAUGUUAGAUGUGGAAAUUUCAUUUUUCAUUUUGAAUACAAUGAUUUGUGGGUUUUUCCUGAGCUCUGGAUACAAUAAAAGAGCUUGCCAGUGUGAAAAUGUAUUAUUCAAAAGUUCGGCACACCAUUAUUCAUAUGUGAUAGUUGAACAUUGCUUUAGGCAUGAUGAUUAUCUCGUUAUCUAUCUUUACUUGAACAACAACACAUUGGUAAUCAUAGUGGGCUAUGUUAUACAAAUAUCGUAGAUCACAACACACACAGCUUUGCACAAACCAAUGCAGAGAAUGCUUUACUUGGUCCAGGACACCUUGGGGAUGUCAAAGUGUUCUGUGAGGGAGUCCAGGUGUCUGUUGAAGUCCUCAACUUUUUCUUUGUGAGUCUUGCUUGCCUUCUUCAGGAUUCUAUCAGCUUCCUGAAAGUAUACAAUUAAAUGAAAAUACUCUUCCUGUAUAUAGUGAAAUGAACUGAUAAAAACAGGUUUAACAGGGAGAAGUAAAGUUGAUGUCCAGUACAAACAUUGACUCAAUAAUAAAAAUACAAGAAGCUUCAAA